ACCCAAAUGUAAGUGUAUUUCAGAGAAAAUUUGUGAAUGAAGUAAAGAAGUGUGAAGAAAUGGAAAGAAUACUUGGGUAUUUAGUACAAGAAAUUAAAAAAGCGGAUAUUCCACUUCCUGAAGGAGAUGUUGCUCCUCCUGCCCCCUUGCUGAAACACAUUUUAGAAAUCCAGGAACAGUUGCAGAAGCUGGAGACAGAAUUGAGGGAAGUAACUAAAAACAAAGAAAAGUUGAGGAAAAACCUGCUUGAACUGACAGAAUACACAGGCAUGUUAGAGGUCACGCAAAGAUUUGUCAGGAGAACAGCUGAGUAUGAAUCCCAUUUACAUGCAAAUUAUGAAGAAUUUCCAUCUGUGGAAAAUGAGCCUUUAGUGGAUUACAACUGUAUGCACAGACUGGGUGCCAAGCUGGGAUUCAUAUCUGGGUUAGUUCACAUAGCAAAAGUUGAAGCAUUUGAAAAAAUGCUGUGGAGAGUCUGUAAGGGAUAUACUAUUCUUACCUAUGCAGAGUUGGAUGAAUGUCUGGAAGAUCCAGAUACAGGCGAAACCACAAAAUGGUUUGGUUUUUUAGUGUCCUAUUGGGGUGAACAAAUUGGCCAGAAAGUUAAGAAGAUUUGUGAUUGCUAUCACUGUCAUGUAUAUCCCUAUCCAAGUACCAUGGAGGAGCGCAGGGCAGUUGUUGAAGGACUAAAUAUUCGUAUUCAGGAUCUUCAUACUGUGCUGCAUAAAACUGAGGAUUACUUACGCCAAGUCUUGUGUAAAGCAUCUGAAUCCAUCUAUACAUGGGUUAUCCAAGUGAAAAAGAUGAAAGCCAUUUAUCACGUACUUAACCUGUGCAGUUUUGAUGUCACAAAUAAAUGUUUAAUCGCUGAGGUUUGGUGUCCAGUGGCUGAUCUGCAAAAUUUGCGCCACGCGUUGGAGGAAGGUUCAAGGAAGAGUGGAGCUGCGAUUUCUUCGUUCAUGAAUACCAUCCCAACAACACAACCUCCUCCAACUUUGAUACGUACCAAUAAAUUCACCUCAGGGUUCCAAAACAUUGUUGAUGCUUAUGGAGUUGGAAACUACGGAGAAGUUAAUCCAGCGCUGUAUACCAUCAUCACUUUUCCCUUCUUGUUUGCGGUUAUGUUUGGAGACUUUGGGCAUGGUCUACUAAUGUUCAUAUUUGCACUCCUGACAAUACUGUAUGAAAACCACCCUAGAUUACAAAGAUCACAAGAUGAGAUAAUGAAAAUGUUAUUUGAAGGCCGAUAUGUUAUUUUAUUAAUGGGUCUGUUUUCUGUAUAUACUGGACUGAUCUAUAAUGACUGUUUUUCAAAGUCAUUAAAUAUAUUUGGUUCUGGAUGGAAUGUUUCAGCUAUGUUUGAACAGAAGGUUUGGAGUCUCGAGGAUCUGAAGUCUAAUAAAUUUUUAACACUGGAUCCAAAUGUUACUGGUGUAUACAAUGGAGCUUAUCCCUUUGGAAUUGAUCCGAUCUGGAAUUUGGCAAGCAACCGUCUCAGUUUUUUAAAUUCUUUCAAAAUGAAAAUGUCUGUGAUUUUUGGAGUAACUCACAUGACAUUUGGAGUUGUCUUGGGGGUAUUUAACCACUUGCAUUUCAAGAAGAAGUAUAAUAUUUAUUUGGUUUUUCUUCCUGAACUUUUAUUCAUGAUGUGCAUCUUUGGCUACCUUGUGUUUAUGAUCAUCUUUAAAUGGUUAGCGUACUCUGCAGAGGACUCUACAUCUGCUCCUAGUAUUCUGAUUCAAUUUAUUAACAUGUUCCUGUUUCCUGGUGGUGAAACAGAGGUCUUCUACACCGGACAGGUUGCUCUACAGAGGUUUUUACUUAGUAUUGCUUUUCUUUCUGUUCCUGUAAUGCUUUUUGGUAAACCACUUUAUUUAUAUUGGUUGCACAGCGGAGGCCGAGGCAUUAGAAUGUACAGGAGUGGCUACAAGCUAAUUCGAAAAGAAAGUGAAGAAGAACUUUCUCUGCUGAGAUCUCAUGAUGUAGAAGAAGGAAGCAGUCAUUCAUACAGUGGGCACAGAGAAGGGGAUGGAGAGGAGCUUAAUUUUGCAGAUGUUUUUAUGAAUCAAGCAAUUCAUACAAUUGAAUACUGUCUAGGAUGUAUUUCUAAUACAGCCUCAUAUCUGAGACUCUGGGCAUUAAGUCUUGCCCAUGCACAGUUGUCGGAAGUUCUGUGGCAAAUGGUGAUGAGAGUGGGUCUUCGUGUGGAUACGACGUAUGGUGUCUUGCUGCUAGUCCCUGUUCUAGCCCUUUUUGCUGUGCUGACAGUUUUUAUUCUUUUGGUCAUGGAGGGGCUUUCUGCUUUUCUCCAUGCUAUACGACUUCACUGGGUGGAAUUUCAGAACAAAUUCUAUUCUGGUGGAGGAUACAAGUUUACGCCUUUCUCUUUUAAGCACAUUUCUUUACAUUUUAAUAAAGAUGAUACGGCAUAGUUUGGUUGCUGUCAGCAGAAACGUUUGGAAUUGUCUGCAAAUAAUCAUGUGAUUGGAUCUCACCUAUGAAUGGUUUCCUGUAGGACAAGGUGUUUUUCACUGAUUGCCUUAUAAUGCAGCCAAAUAAUUCUGUAAUAUAUACCUCCCAUAGAAAUACAUAGCAGAUCUGGAGCAUCUUGUAAAGUAUAUAGAUAUAAAAUGUACAUUUUUCUUGAUAAACUAAUGUUGUAAAUUAAUUUUAUUCUU